UGCGCCGCAUAAGCAGUGCGAAAGAAGACAUACAAGCAGUAAGACGACGACAAAAUCGAUUUCGUGUUUGGACGUGACAAAUCUAAGAGGAAAAAAGUUCUGUAUCCAACAAAAAAAGUUUUUUUAUAUCAAAUUCUCUGCAAAACAAAAAACAAUUGAACGUCUACCAGAAAAUCUACAAAGAUAAACGAAUUUUCCACGAAUCGAAACGAAAUUCCAGAGAAACAGAAGAAUUUAACAGUAUUUUCACCGAUCUAUAUAGCCGAUAUAUUUAACGAUUAAGAUAGAAAAAUAAUUUUAAAAAAACAACAGACUCUAACAAAAUGGACCAAUUUACGCCGAAAGAGGUGCGUAUUCUCGAAACGGUCGAAGACAUUCAGGAGCGUCGUGAACAAGUGUUGAAUCGUUACAAUGAAUUCAAAGUAGAAACGCGUCAGAAGCGUGAAAAAUUGGAAGAUUCACGUCGUUUUCAAUAUUUCAAACGUGAUGCCGACGAAUUGGAGAGUUGGAUUCAAGAAAAAUUACAAGCGGCCAGCGAAGAAAGCUAUCGCGAUCCAACAAAUUUACAAGCAAAAAUUCAAAAGCAUCAAGCAUUCGAAGCUGAAGUAUCGGCCCACAGCAAUGCCAUUGUUAGCCUUGACAAUACCGGACAAGAGAUGAUAAGCCAACAACAUUUUGCAUCCGAAACAAUUCAACGGCGUUUAGAAGAAUUGCAUCGUCUAUGGGAAUUGUUAUUGUCACGUUUGGCCGAAAAAGGCUUAAAAUUGCAACAGGCAUUGGUGUUGGUGCAAUUUUUACGCCAUUGCGAAGAGGUCAUGUUUUGGAUCAAAGACAAAGAGGCCUUUGUCACAGCCGAUGAAUUCGGACAAGAUUUGGAACACGUUGAAGUGUUACAACGUAAAUUCGAUGAAUUCCAAAAGGAUAUGGCAUCACAAGAAUAUCGUGUCACCGAAGUCAAUCAAUUGGCCGAGAAAUUACUACAAGAUGGCCAUCCUGAACGUGAUACCAUCAAUAAGAAAAAAGAUGAACUAUUUGAAGCAUGGCAACGCCUUAAACAAUUGGCCACAUUGCGUCAAGAGAAAUUAUUCGGUGCGCAUGAAAUUCAACGAUUCAAUCGUGAUGCAGACGAAACAGUUGCAUGGAUCGCCGAAAAAGAUGUCGUCUUAUCAUCAGAUGAUUAUGGCCGAGAUUUGGCUAGCGUUCAAGCAUUACAACGCAAACAUGAAGGUGUCGAACGUGAUUUGGCCGCUUUAGAAGAUAAAGUAUCAACAUUGGGCGCUGAAGCAAAGCGUUUGUGUGACAUCCAUGCCGAUCAUAGCGAUCAGAUUCGUGAAAAGCAAUCCGAAAUCGCUGCAUACUGGCAAUCAUUGACGGCCAAAGCAAAAGAGCGCAAACAAAAAUUGGACGAAUCAUACUUUUUACAUCGUUUCUUGGCCGAUUUCCGUGAUUUGGUAUCAUGGAUAAAUGGCAUGAAAGCGGUCAUUUCGGCUGAUGAAUUGGCCAAAGAUGUGGCCGGCGCUGAAGCGUUGCUUGAACGUCAUCAAGAGCAUCGCGGCGAGAUUGAUGCACGUGAGGAUAGUUUUAAAAUCACUACCGAAGCCGGACGUCAAUUGUUGGAGCGUCAACACUAUGCAGCUGCCGAAAUUCAAGAGAAAUUGGCCGCAUUGGAAAAUGACAAGAGUUCAUUAUUAUCAUUGUGGGAAGAUCGUCGCAUUUUGUACGAACAAUGUUUGGACUUGCAAUUAUUCUAUCGUGACACCGAACAGGCUGACACAUGGAUGGCCAAACAAGAAGCAUUUUUGGCCAACGAAGAUCUUGGCGAUUCACUUGAUUCGGUUGAAGCAUUGAUUAAAAAGCACGAAGAUUUCGAAAAGAGUUUGGCCGCCCAAGAGGAAAAAAUCAAAGCGUUGGACAUUUUCGCAACGAAAUUGAUUGAUGGCCAGCACUAUGCGGCCGAUGAUGUUGCACAACGUCGUGCCAUGCUAUUGGCACGUCGUUCAGCGCUAUUGGAAAAGUCAGCGGCACGUCGUCAAUUGCUCGAAGAUUCAAGUCGAUUCCAACAAUUUGAACGUGAUUGCGAUGAAACGAAAGGAUGGAUCAGUGAAAAAUUAAAAGUUGCCACCGAUGACAGUUACUUGUAUCCAACCAAUUUGAAUGGCAAAGUACAAAAGCAUCAAAAUUUCGAGCAAGAGAUCAAUGCAAACAAGAGUCGCAUCGAAGAUAUUACAGCAACUGGCAGCGAUUUAAUUGAGAAAAAACACUAUGCAGCCAAUGAAAUAAAUGCACGCAUGCAAGAGAUUGUUACGUUGUGGGAGACAUUGGUUCAAGCAUCCGAUAAAAAAGGUUGCAAACUUCAAGAGGCAUCACAACAACAACAAUUCAAUCGCACCAUCGAAGACAUUGAAUUGUGGUUGAGUGAAAUUGAAGGUCAAUUAUUGUCGGAAGACUAUGGCAAAGAUUUGACCAGCGUACAAAAUUUGCAAAAGAAACAAGCAUUGCUGGAAGCCGAUGUAAUGGCCCAUCAGGAUCGCGUUGAAAGUAUCAAAGUAACGGCAACCAAAUUCAUUGAAAGCGAUCACUUUGACGCUGACAAUAUUCGUAACAAAGAAGAAACGCUAACAAAACGUUAUGCAGCACUUGCCGCCCCAAUGACCGAUCGCAAAAAGCGAUUGAAUGAUUCAUUGCAGGUGCAACAAUUGUUCCGUGAUUUAGAAGAUGAAGCCGCAUGGAUUCGCGAAAAGGAACCUAUUGCUGGUUCAACAAAUCGUGGCCGUGAUUUGAUCGGUGUACAGAAUUUGAUAAAAAAACAUCAUGCCGUUUUAGCCGAAAUCAAUAAUCAUGAAAGUCGUUUGGCAGGCGUUGUUGCAUCCGGCGAACAAAUGCUCGAAGAGCAUCCAUACUCAUGCGACGAAAUUCGUUUGCGUCUCGAUUUACUCAAAGAGCAAUGGGCAUCGUUGAAAGAGAAGGCCAAUCAACGUAAACAAGAUUUGGAAGAUUCAUUGCAAGCCCAUCAAUACUUUGCCGAUGCAAAUGAGGCCGAAUCAUGGAUGCGCGAAAAAGAGCCAAUCGUAUCGAGCACCGAUUAUGGCAAAGACGAAGACUCAUCGGAAGCUUUAUUGAAAAAACAUGAAGCACUUGUGUCCGAUUUGGAAGCGUUCGGCAAUACAAUUCAAUCGCUGCAAGAACAAGCGAAGAAUUGUCGCCAACAAGAAACACCCGUUGUUGAUAUCACUGGAAAAGAAUGUGUUCAAGCUCUGUACGAUUAUACAGAGAAAUCACCGCGUGAGGUGUCUAUCAAGAAAAAUGACAUUUUAACAUUGUUGAAUUCAAACAAUAAAGAUUGGUGGAAAGUCGAAGUGAACGAUCGUCAAGGUUUCGUACCAGCCGCUUAUAUCAAGAAAAUUGAUGCCGGACUCAGUGCCAGCCAACAAAAUUUGGUCGAUGGUCAUUCAAUUGCAAAACGUCAAUCGCAAAUAAAUGCACAAUACGAUAAUCUAUUGGCAUUGGCACGUGAACGUCAAAAUAAAUUGAAUGAAACAACAAAAGCAUACGUUUUGGUGCGUGAAGCAGCCGAUUUGGCUGCCUGGAUAAAAGACAAAGAGAAUCAUGCACAAAUUGGUGAUGUGGGCGAUGAUUUGGAAGAGGUUGAAGUAUUGCAAAAGAAAUUCGAUGAUUUCAAUGAUGAUUUGAAAGCUAAUGAGGUACGUUUGGCCAGUAUGAAUGAAAUCGCCAUCCAAUUGACAUCAUUGGGACAAACUGAAGCGGCCAUGAAAAUUCAAACGCAAAUGCAAGAUUUGAAUGAAAAAUGGGCAUCAUUGCAACAAAUCACCGUUGAACGGGCCAAUCAAUUGGGUUCGGCACAUGAAGUGCAACGUUUCCAUCGUGACAUUGAUGAAACAAAAGAUUGGAUCAGCGAAAAAGAAGACGCAUUGAAUAAUGAUGAUUUGGGCAAAGAUUUGCGCAGCGUUCAAACGCUACAACGAAAACAUGAAGGUGUUGAACGUGAUUUGGCCGCACUACGUGACAAAAUUCGUCAACUUGACGAAACAGCCAAUCGUUUGAUGCAAUCGCAUCCGGAUACAGCUGAACAAACGUACACCAAACAAAAAGAAAUCAACGAAAUGUGGAAUCAGAUCAUCACAAAGGCAACGUCACGUAAAGAACGUCUACUUGAUUCAUACGAUUUGCAACGCUUCCUAAGCGAUUUCCGUGAUCUAAUGGCAUGGAUUAGCUCGAUGAUGGGACUUGUGACAUCCGAAGAAUUGGCCAACGACGUUACCGGCGCCGAAGCAUUGAUUGAACGUCAUCAGAAUCAUCGUGCUGAAAUCGAUUACUUUUAUGGCAUACCUCAGGUGUACUUGGAACACCGAACUGAGAUUGAUGCACGUGCUGGUACAUUUGCUGCAUUCGAGCAAUUUGGCACCGAAUUGUUGCAAGCAAAUCAUUAUGCUGCGCCCGAAAUCCAAGAUAAAAUCGAUGAAUUGGCAAAAUCACGUGAAGAAUUGGAAAAUGCAUGGACCGAACGUCGUUUACAAUUGGAUCAAAAUCUUGAUUUGCAAUUGUAUUUGCGUGAUUGUGAACAAGCCGAAAAUUGGAUGUCGGCCCGUGAAGCAUUUUUAAAUGCUGAAGAGGUCGAUUCAAAAGGUGACAACGUCGAAGCACUCAUUAAAAAGCAUGAAGAUUUUGACAAAGCUAUCAAUGGUCAUGAAGAGAAAAUUGCCGCAUUGCAAGUGCUUGCUGAUCAAUUGAUUGCGCAAAAUCAUUAUGCGGCUAAUUUAAUUGAUGACAAACGUAAACAAGUGUUAGAACGUUGGCGUCAUUUGAAAGAAGGCUUGAUUGAGAAACGAUCACGUUUGGGCGAUGAACAAACAUUGCAACAAUUCAGUCGUGAUGCGGACGAAAUUGAAAAUUGGAUUGCGGAAAAAUUGCAAUUGGCCACCGAAGAGAGUUACAAAGAUCCGGCCAAUAUUCAGUCAAAACAUCAAAAACAUCAAGCAUUCGAAGCCGAAUUGGCGGCCAAUGCUGAUCGUAUCCAAAGCGUAUUGGCAAUGGGCGGUAAUUUAAUCGAUAAACGUCAAUGCAGUGGCAGCGAAGAUGCGGUACAGAAACGUUUAUCACAAAUCGCCGAUCAAUGGGAAUAUUUGACGCAUAAAACAACGGAAAAAUCGUUGAAAUUGAAAGAGGCAAAUAAACAACGUACAUACAUUGCGGCCGUUAAAGAUUUAGACUUUUGGUUGGGCGAAGUGGAAAGUUUGUUAACAUCAGAAGAUGCUGGCAAAGAUUUGGCGUCCGUACAAAAUUUGAUGAAAAAACAUCAAUUGGUUGAGGCCGAUAUUCAAGCGCAUGCUGAUCGCAUCAAAGAUAUGAACAAUCAAGCUGAUUCAUUGGUUGAAUCCGGUCAAUUUGACAGCGCUGGUAUUCAAGAGAAACGCCAAUCGAUCAAUGAACGUUAUGAACGUAUUUGCAAUUUGGCCGCACAUCGUCAGGCACGUUUGAAUGAAGCACUUACAUUGCAUCAAUUCUUCCGUGAUAUUGCCGACGAAGAGAGUUGGAUCAAAGAGAAGAAAUUGUUGGUCGGCAGCGAUGAUUAUGGCCGUGAUUUGACCGGUGUACAAAAUUUAAAGAAGAAACAUAAGCGAUUGGAGGCCGAACUUGGUUCACACGAACCAGCCAUUCAGGCGGUACAAGAGGCCGGCGAAAAAUUAAUGGACGUUAGCAAUUUGGGUGUACCAGAAAUUGAACAACGUUUGAAAGCAUUGAAUCAAGCAUGGGCUGAAUUGAAAAAUUUGGCCGCAACACGUGGCCAAAAAUUAGACGAAUCAUUGACAUACCAACAAUUUUUGGCACAAGUUGAAGAGGAAGAAGCAUGGAUUACAGAAAAACAACAAUUGCUUUCCGUUCAAGACUAUGGCGAUUCAAUGGCAGCCGUUCAAGGGCUAUUGAAGAAACAUGAUGCAUUCGAAACUGAUUUUGCCGCACAUCGUGAUCGUUGUUCAUUGAUUUGCGAUCAAGGUGCACAAUUGGUGGCCAAUAAAAAUCAUCAUCAAGACAGUAUUUCACAACGAUGCAAUCAAUUGCAAAACAAACUUGAUUUGUUGUCAUCGUUGGCAGCACGUCGCAAGGGUGCAUUACUUGACAAUUCUGCCUACUUGCAAUUCAUGUGGAAGGCCGAUGUCGUUGAAAGCUGGAUCGCCGACAAAGAAAGCUACGUACGAUCCGAAGAAUUUGGUCGCGAUUUAUCCACCGUUCAAACGCUAUUGACAAAACAAGAGACAUUCGAUGCAGGUCUUAAUGCAUUUGAACAAGAAGGAAUUCACAAUAUUUCCGCACUAAAAGAUCAAUUGAUCAAUGCCAGUCAUGCACAAUCGCCGGCCAUUUUGAAACGUCACGAAGAUGUGAUUGCACGUUGGCAAAAAUUGCGUAACGCAUCGACCGAACGUAAAAAUCGUUUAAUUUCGAUGCAAGAUCAAUUCCGUCAAAUUGAAGAAUUGUAUUUGACUUUCGCAAAGAAAGCAUCAGCAUUCAAUUCAUGGUUCGAAAAUGCUGAAGAAGAUCUCACCGAUCCGGUUCGGUGUAAUUCGAUCGAAGAGAUUCGUGCAUUGCGUGAAGCACAUGCUCAAUUCCAGGCCUCUUUGUCAUCAGCCGAAGCUGAUUUCAAAGCAUUGGCUGCACUUGAUCAAAAAAUUAAGAGCUUCAACGUCGGACCAAAUCCAUACACAUGGUUUACAAUGGAAGCGCUCGAAGAUACAUGGCGUAAUCUACAAAAGAUCAUCGAAGAGCGUGACGUUGAAUUAAACAAAGAAGCUCAUCGUCAAGAUGAAAACGAUAAACUUCGCAAAGAAUUUGCAAAACAUGCCAAUCUAUUCCAUCAAUGGUUGACCGAAACAAGAUUCUACAUUCUGGGCUGGAAUGUCGAUGGAACAUCGAUGAUGGAAGGAUCAGGAGCGUUGGAACAACAAUUGGAAGCGCUGCGUUUGAAGGCGGCCGAAGUGCGAGCCCGUCGCGGUGACUUGAAAAAGAUCGAAGAACUGGGUGCAUUGCUCGAGGAGCAUUUAAUUCUUGAUAAUCGUUAUACGGAACAUUCAACCGUUGGUCUGGCACAACAAUGGGAUCAAUUGGAUCAAUUGUCAAUGCGUAUGCAACACAAUCUGGAACAACAAAUUCAAGCGCGUAACCAUUCGGGUGUAUCGGAAGAUUCGCUCAAAGAAUUCUCAAUGAUGUUCAAACACUUUGACAAAGACAAGAGCGGCAAAUUAAAUCAUCAAGAAUUCAAAUCAUGUUUACGAGCGCUUGGCUAUGAUUUACCAAUGGUCGAAGAGGGACAACCCGAUCCAGAAUUUGAAGCCAUUUUAAGUGUUGUCGAUCCAAAUCGUGACGGUUAUGUAUCGCUACAAGAGUAUAUUGCAUUUAUGAUAUCGAAAGAAACCGAAAAUGUUCAAAGCUACGAAGAAAUCGAAAAUGCAUUCAGAGCCAUCACUGCCUCCGAUCGUCCGUACGUUACACGGGAUGAAUUGUAUUGCAACCUCACUCGUGACAUGGCGGAUUACUGUACCAACCGUAUGAAACCAUUUAUCGAUCCGAAGACCAGCCAACCCAUCAACGGUGCCCUGGACUAUAUCGAUUUUACACGCACGCUAUUUCAAAAUUAAGCAUUUUUAGAUCAAAUUAUACUUAUACACAUUAACACAUACACACACACACAACUAGAGUUAUUAUAAUAAUGGGUUAGAUUUCUAUAUUCUAGUGUUUGUUUGAGCUUUUUUUAUCCAUAUAUUUACAGAAUUCGUUUGUGUCUUUCAAUCAUCAAGAAAAAAAAACAAAAUUUUU